AAUCUUAACAUGAUUAAGGUAAUGAACUCAAUCUACCUAUUCUUAUCUAUUUAUCUCUCAUUUACCAAUUUCUUGGCACAAUCCGCCCCUGAGAAUGCCAUAAUUUCUUCACUUCCUGGUUUCAGUGGCAUUAUACCCUCCAAACACUAUGCUGGGUAUGUGACAUUAGAUGUAGACCAUGGCAAGAAAUUAUUCUAUUAUUAUGUGCUUUCAGAAAGAGAUCCUUCUAAGGAUCCAGUGGUUCUUUGGCUCAAUGGUGGCCCUGGUUGCUCCAGUUUUGAUGGGUUUGUUUUUGAACAUGGUCCAUUUAAAUUUGAGAAAACCGGAGGCAAGCGCAUGCCGAAGCUUCAUCUCAAUCCAUAUGCAUGGAACAAGAUCUCGAAUAUGAUAUUUUUGGACUCUCCUGUUGGAGUUGGUAUGUCUUACUCCAAUAAUACUAGAACUGACUACAUCACCAGCGAUACAAUAACGGCUUCAGACUCUCACAAAUUUCUCCUUGAGUGGUUCAAGAUAUAUCCCGAAUACCUUUCAAAUCCCUUUUUCAUCGCCGGUGAGUCAUUUGCUGGAAUUUACAUCCCUACACUGUGUGAUCAAGUGAUCAAAGGACUUGAUGCUGAUGAUAAACCCACUCUCAACUUCAAGGGUUACAUUAUCGGAAAUGGAGUUUGUGAUGAUGAGUUUGAUGGAAAUGCUUUUGUUCCGUUUGCGCGAGGGAUGGGGCUCAUUUCGGAGGAAAUAUUUCAGGAUGUUAACAAGGAGUGUAAAGGGAUAUUUUACAGACCUCCAACCCUAAAAUGUGAAAUGAAGCUUGACUUCGUUGACCAACAUUUUGACGGUUUAAACAUAUAUAACAUUCUCAGCAAGUGUUUUCACGAUAAAAGUAUGAUUAGACAUGAAAAUACUAAAUUGCCCAUGAGCUUUAGGAAAUUGGGUGAGACCGAUACACCGUUUCCUGUGCGAACCAGAAUGUUUGGGCGUGCUUGGCCUUUUAAAGCUCCGGUGAAGCCUGGUUAUGUGACUUCUUGGCCAGAGCUUCUCAACAAUACAGUACUUCUCAACAACACACGAGGUGUCCCGUGUCAAGACCGUAAUGUGGCAAAAAUAUGGCUAAACAAAAAAGAAGUUCGGAAGGCAAUUCAUGCCGACCCGAUUAGUGAGGCCGGAGAGUGGGAGCCAUGUACGCGUAGGCUUAGAUAUCAUCAUAACACGGGAAGCAUGAUCAAGUACCACACAAAAAUCAUCGCUCGGGGUUAUCGCGCUCUUAUUUUCAGCGGGGAUCAUGAUUUGUGUGUUCCUUACACCGGAACUGAAGCUUGGGUACAAUCGUUAGGCUACAAGGUUAUCGAAGAGUGGAGAAGUUGGAAGGUCGAUGGCCAAGUUGCAGGAUACUUACGAGCAUACGCGAACAACCUCACGUUUCUUACUGUCAAGGGAUCGGGGCAUACGGUACCUGAGUACAAACCCAAAGAAGCGUUGGCGUUUUACUCCCGUUGGUUAGAUGGAAAUAAAAUAUAGAAAAAUCUCCAUUAAUUGUUUUCAGAAGUUGUUAGUAACAUACUACCGUGCUUGUUAAUUUGAAAAUAAUUUGCAGGUGUUAUGAAAAGGGAAAGGUAACAUAACAAAUGGCAUGUACAGUUUUGUUUUAUUAAGUGGUAUUUGA